UAGUUCCCCUUACUUUAUCUCCAUUGUUUUCAAACCUUGAAGCCACCACGAAAGAGAUCAUCAAGAAACUUCUUAAGUCAUCCAUUGCGUGCUAUUCAAUCCUAUGGAAAAUCUAUAAAUACCACAUCAUUCAUGGCCUCUCCAACCUAUUCUUCAUUAGAUAAAUCCAAUUCUACAAAUCGGGGUUUUAGCUAUAUCGGUGUGUUUUGAGUUCUGAGCUAUGUCGACGGCUAGUGCUGGUCUUGCAGAAGUCUACGUGACGAAAAAGCUCUAUAAGGAGAAGAUGAAGAGAAUGGAGAAUGAAGAAGCUCAGAAAAAAAAUUAUGCCAGUCCUGAUCAUGGACGUAAGAGCAAUUCGGGUGGUGGUUUCUUUUCAACGGUGUUCAAGAAAAUUCACCCGGCAGCCAUGCCCUCGUCGGAUUCCUCCAUGGGAGCUGUAUUGGCUAAGGUUAACAAGGGAUCUAUGUCGACGACUAGUGCUGCCCUUGCAGAGGUUCACGUGAUGAAGAAGCUCUAUAAGGAUAAGAUGAAGAGAAUGGAGACUGAAAAUGCUCAGAAAGAAGCUUAUGACAGUCCUCAUCAUGGACGUAAGAGCACUUCAGGUGGUUGUUUUUCGAUGAUGUUUAAGAAGAUCCAUCCAGCAGGCAUAACCUCGUCGGAUUCUGCCGGGGAAGCGGUGUUUACAAAAGCCAACUAG